GCUGGGAGCUGCUGCAGGCACCACAGCAGCGAUGGCAACGCUCUACCCCUCCCUCGAGGACAUGAAGGGCCACCAGAUCCUGCAGGCACAGGCAGCAGCUGGGGUGAGGACCCCCCCAACGACGGUGGUCACGGAGAAGCCGAAGCUCAGCUCAGGCACCGCACCACCCUUGCUGUACCCCAACCUGGCCGAGCUGGAGAACUACAUGGGACUCGCCCUCUCCAGUGAAGAGAUCCAGAAGAACCUGCAGGCCCUGAGCCCCACCGGGCCCCCCCCGGGGCAGCUGGUGGCCCCCCUGAGCGGGAACAAUGCGGGGCUGCGGCGCGCGGAGAUCAAACCGGGUGUGAGGGAGAUCCACCUCUGCAAGGACGAGCGGGGCAAGACGGGGCUGCAGCUCAAGAACGUCGACCAGGGCAUCUUCGUGCAGCUGGUGAAGGCCAACUCGCCGGCGGCGCUGGUGGGGCUGCGCUUCGGUGACCAGAUCCUGCAGAUCGAUGGCAGGAACUGCGCGGGCUGGAGCAGCGACAAGGCGCAGCGGGCGCUGAAGAAGGCGAACCCCGAGAAGAUCGUGAUGGUGGUGCGGGACCGGCCGUUCCAGCGCACAGUCACCGUGCACAAGGACAGCAAUGGCCACGUCGGCAUCGUGGUGAAGAAGGGGAAAAUCGUGUCUCUGGCCAAGAACAGCUCCGCUGCCCGCAAUGGCCUCCUGACCCACCACUACAUCUGCGAGGUGAACGGCCAGAACGUCAUCGGCAUGAAGGAUAAACAGCUCAUGGAGGUGCUGGCAGGGGCUGGGAACACGGUCACACUGACCAUCAUCCCCACCGUCAUCUACGAGCACAUGGUGAAACGGCUCUCGGCAGGGGUGGUGAAGUCGAGCAUGGACCACUCCAUCCCUGACCUGUGAGGCCAUCGCUGCUGGAAGCUUCAUGGGCUGCUGAAGGUACCCCACAGCAUCCCCAAAAGGGAGCCCCUCAUGCCUACAGCAGCCAGUGGCACCAGGGGAACCUCCAGCCUGUGCUGUCCUCUCCUCCCUCUCAUCAGCAGGGAUGGGGCAUGUGCAUCCCUGUGUCCCUGCUUGGGGCAGAUGGCAAAGGCUGGCUCCAGCCAAAGCAGACACAGACCCAGCGACGUUUAUUACAUCCACCAACAGACAGCGAGUACAGGACCGGGGGGCGGGGGGGAGCAACAAGAAAAGGGGGGUUACAGCUUUGUCAGUUCUGUAUUUAAAAAAUAUAUUAUAUAGAUUUGUCUUUCAAAUAUAAUCGUUACAUUUA